CUUUGAUCUUUGAGGAGAUCAAGAGAAACUGACAACAUUCAUCUCCCGGCCCAAGGGCAUCCACACCCUUUAACCUCCCCACCUAUUCUAUUUGAUUGAGGUUACUGGUAUUAAAGACUGCCUACGAUUAUCGAAGCUGUUUCCUGCACGUUCCCCCCUCCUGGCACUAUGACGACGCCUACAAAUGAUUCGAGCUUGCGGACCCCGACAGGAUCAUAUGGAGCACCCCCCAUGAAAAUUCGCAGGCCACGGGCAGCUGAUCCGCUCGUUCGCCCGAAAAGAAAAACCGUACCAAAACCUGCUCCACCAUCUGGAAACGGAACGGCACCAAGGACGUUUCCUACUCGACCAGCCCCGUUUAAUCCGCAACCUGAGAAAGGAAAGCUCGCACUGCCCAAAAAUGAUUUUGCGUCGAAUGGAUUUAGUGGCCCUUUGCUAUCUGAAACUUACGUGGAUUAUCCUGUGGUCACCACUAAGCGGGCAAUCAGAGAAGGUUUAAAAUAUCACAUCGCUAGGUUUGCGGCCAAAAGGGCAGUUGACCCCCGAGAUGAAUCCCAAUUCACUCGACCUGUUAGACUUCAGCGCCGCGAUCCACGCGCGCGUUUACAUGAUAUGAACACGGACAGAGGGCAGGGCGCGGAAAAGCUAUCCUCUGAAGCUAGUGACCGACUAGACGAGAUUGAACGCGAGGAAAUGGAAGCUAGGAAGGUUGCACGCGAAAAGGAGCGUGCGGAUAACCUUGCUCAAAUCGCUCCGUCCAUUGGAUCCGCUCCAAAGAGAACCAACGUACCCAAACAAAAGACACAGCAGGUCUCCAAGACUGAUAUGACACCGGAGGAGUUAGCUCGGACGCGAAUCAAAUACGAGGAAGCCCUGCCCUGGCACCUGGAGGAUUUCGAUAAUAAAAAUAUUUGGGCUGGAAAUUAUGAGGCAGCUCUAUCGGAGACGCAUGCAGUAUUUAUACUGGAUAAUACGGGGAAAAUGACCAUGAUACCCGUGGAAAAAUGGUACAGAUUUAGCGCAAAAAAUCAAUUCAAGGCGUUGACGAUAGAAGAGGCGGAAAAGUUUAUGGCGAAGAAAAUUAAGGAUCCAAGAUGGUUCAUGGAAAAGCAGCAGGAAAUGGCGCAGCGAAAAGAGCUGGAGCAGUUCGCAAAACAACGAAAAGUUUAUGCUGGGAAGCAGGGAACCCCAGCUGGCGUUGAGGGGCUGGAGGCUGGCGAGAUGGAUUUUGAGGAAGAUCGCUUUGCUGAUGAUGAAGAACACGACGAUCUGUUCAACGAAGAUGAAGACGCGAAGGCCGCAGAAAAGCGAAUAAAACAGGACCAAUUAAAGGCAAAUGUUUUUGAUCUAAAAGACGAGAAAGAAUACGAGGACGAAGAAUUACGAGAGAAAAGAGAGAAGGAAGCUCGACGAGUCCUUGGAAAGAAGGUGCGCAAGGCGCUUCAAAAGAGAGAGAAGAAUUACGACUAUAGCAGUGGGUCCGAUGCUAAUCCGUAUACUGAUGAGGAGAGCUCCGAUGAAAGUGACGCCGAAAAGGCCAAGGAAGAGGAACGGAAGGUUGAGGAAGAGAAGAACAAGAAAGAUUCCGCGACACCUUCAAAGGGCAACACCACACCUUCGGGACGCCCCAAGCAUGCUGACCCAUUGAAGAAGCCCCUUCCCGGCGCAUCACGGAAGCGCUUGGGGUCUCCAAAUGUGUCUGAUGCCAGUGGGACGGACACUUCUCGGAAGAAGGGGAAGAAUAAGCACUCGUCUUCUCAGCCCACACCUCAGCCAAGCUCUCGCCCUAUGUCUCCAGCGGCUACAUCUUCUAUGCAGGCUGGUAAGAAACGUGUGCGCAACAUCCUUCCUGGGAGCGGAGGCCCUGGAAGCGAUGUUGAUGGGGGUGCCGGCUCGGGCGGAGAGAUUAGUGAAAGCGGAAAAUCUAAGAAGCUGAAGCUUAAUCCGCUUUCCAUUAUCUCUCAGGGAGAAACUCCACAAGGAUCAAGGGCCGGAAGCCCAACUCCUCUGGCUAAUAAGAGUUUCUCUGGCAGCCGAGCCAGCAGUCCAGAGUCACUAAGAGGUCAGAAUCGUAUUUCAACUCCAGGGCCGUCGACUGUGCAAAGCUUUCCUACACCUGGUGAGAUUCAUGCUGCCAUUCCUCCCAGCGGUAUUCUCAGUACCGAUCUGCUCAAGAUUUUCCGGCCCCGGAUCGGCGAGUCUAGGGAAAACCACCGAAGAUUCAUCGCAAUUGUUAAAGAUGUUGGAGUUUAUGGAAAGGAAGAUCGCCUUUUACGACCAGGCCCAUGGAAGGAAACGUAGCCUAUGCGGUGUUUUUAAGGAACCUUUUGUCUGUAUCAUAAUAUCAAAUAUCACAUGGGAUUAUCCGUUAAUCGAAUUGAAGUGGUCACGAGGGUUUACUUACCGCAACAGCAAAUUGUUUACUGAUCCAUGCAUGCAUGAUCUUUAUGUGGUAGAAAAUGUCUACCUAUCAGCCC